AUGACAAAUUUUCAACCUCUUUAUAUACUAUCAGUUCUUCAAAGAGUAUUAAAUGCAAGUAUUAUAGUUGACAAUGUCAAAGUGUCCUCGAUUGAUAGAGGAUUAUGUGUAUUGAUUGGAUUAUCAACAGAAGAUACUAACGAGGAUUUAGAAUAUAUUGUUAAGAAGAUACUUAAUGUUAAAGUGUUUGAUUGUGAGGAUGGGGAAGGGAAAGAAAAGAAGAUGUGGGCUAGAAGUGUUAAAGAUGCUGGUUUGGAAGUAUUAUGUGGUAAUAAACCUGAUUUUCACAAUUCAAUGAAAUCGGAAACUUCAAAAACAUUUUAUGCAAAUUUCAUUAAUAGGUUGAAACAAGAAUAUAUCGAGGAUAAAGUUAAAGAUGGGAUCUUUGGAGCAAUGAUGAAUGUUCAUCUUGUAAAUGAGAUUCCAGGAAAUUUAUUUAUGUAG